AUGAGUACAUUUAAUUCAAAAUUUUCCGGAGUUAUAACUAGUUCCCCAAUCGGAUCUCCGGGGGGAACGGCUUUAAAUGUAACAAACAAAAGAACGAAUUUGAGAAAACCAUUUAAGAUCGGAACAUGGAAUAUAAGAAGCUUAUUCGAUGCUGGAAAACUGGCAAACCUCACACGAGAAAUGAACAGACUUAGUCUGGAUAUUCUGGGCGUUGCAGAAACCUGGUGGCCUGGGGUGGGAGAGUGCAAAGUGGAUAACGGCGUAUUCUUUUACUCUGGUAAUGAAGAUCCAAAACACAGGAAAGGUGUGGGAAUCGUAGUAACAAAAGAAAUACUGAAAUUUGUCGUGGACUUUGUUCCAUACUCGGAUCGCACUGCUUUAUUAAAACUCAGAGCCAGGCCAAGCAAUCUUAAUAUAAUACAAGUAUACGCUCCAACUCCAGAUUCGCCGGAUCAGGAGGUGGAAAGAUUCUAUGAUGAAAUCAAAUAA